AUGGCCAAUAACCAUCUUUUUUUCCUUCUUCUAUCUCUACAUGCAAUAGCUGCUUCUGCUCAAUCAGUGUUUGUAAGCAUAGAUUGUGGUAACAGUAGCAAUAGUGUCUACACCGACAAGAUCGGAAUCGCGUGGAGUGGCGACGAUCUCUACAUCCACACAGGUGAGAACAAAGUGGUGCGAAAGCCUAAUUCUGUCUCUCAAGUCCUGAGAACUCUUAGAGUUUUCUCAACUCGCAAGAAGAACUGUUACUCAAUCCCCUUUUCAAAGGGGACACAAGCUCUUGUUCGUGCUAGCUUUUAUUAUGGUAACUAUGACAAGAAGAGAUUUCCCCCUUCCUUUGAUAUACAAUUGGAUGGUAACCAAUGGUCAACAGUGUACACUUCAAGAAAAAAUUUGGUUUCUGUGGAAGCCAUAUAUGUUGUAAGGAGGGACAACAUAAGUGUUUGCUUAGCACAGACACAGCCCAAUCAGUUUCCCUUUAUAUCAUCACUUGAAGUGAGGAGUUUGGAUCCUUCAAUGUAUGAUAAAGUUGACUCCAACUAUGCUAUGUUCUUAGCAAGAAGGACUGCUUUUGGUACAAAUCAAAGCAUAAGGUACCCCGCUGAUGGAUAUGAUCGAAUAUGGGUUGCAGAACCAGGAAGUGGCAAUGGAAUAAUUUCAGUUGCAAGUAAUGCCCAGCAGAUCAGUACCUAUAAUUGCCUGGACUACCCACCAUCACAUGUUGUACAAAAUGCAAUAACUACAGAGAAUACGUCAAUCCCCAUUAUCUUAGACACCAAUUUUCUUCCACCAAAGGAUGUCCCUGUCUACGCUAACUUCUAUUUCUCAGAUGUUUUUCCGCUAGAUACAGCAACCCAGAAACGAUCGUUCAACAUCGAUGUAGAUGAUGCACCCUUCACCACUACUCCCAUUGUUCCACCAUUUGGAAAUGUUACAGAAUUUUACACCGUCAAUGCCACUGUUUCGUCCAAAAAUAAAGUUUCUUUGGUCUCAACAUCUGAUUCGAAAUUUCCUCCAUUGAUAAAUGCAAUGGAGGUCUUUAUAAUUAGUGGUCCACUCACUAAUGGAACCAAUAAUGAUGAUGUGCAACAAUUGAGUUUAUUACAAACCCAAUUUGGUUUGCUAGCAGAAUGGAGCGGCGAUCCUUGCCUUCCAGCACCAUUUACCUGGGACUGGGUUGCUUGCAACUCCGAUGCCACGCCUCGCAUUACAGCUCUGUAUCUAAGUGGAUUUGGGCUCUCUGGAACACUUCCGGACUUUAGCUCCAUGGUUGCUCUUCAAACUAUAGAUUUACACAACAACAGUUUAACAGGAGAAAUUCCUGCUUUCCUAGGCGAUCUCCCCAACCUUCAACUACUGAACUUGGCAGAUAAUAACUUUAGUGGAACCGUACCUAUGUCACUAUCCCAAAAUAAGAAGUUAAAAUUAGAUGUUUCCGGCAACCGGAAAUUGUGCACCUCAUGCGAGAGUUCAGUGCCUUCAAGCAGCGACAAGAAGAGCAACAAGUUACCAAUAAUUCUAGGAGUCACAAUCCCUGUUUUCAUUGUUUCAUUGGUGAUUGUCGGAUUUGUGGCUAUCGCGUACCAUAGGCGAAAAACUGCAGUCUACGCCACAACAAUGAAUGCAGGUUGGCCAAUAUGA